AUAGCAUCAAACUCAUCUUCCAUAAACCUUCCACUAGAGGACAUCUUCAUCUCCGGAACGAGAACAACAGAAACUACAAAAGGAUGGCCCCCGCGGCACCCAAAAAGUCAGGCGCCCUGGCCAGUUUGGCCCCAGUGACGGCUGGCGCCGCCACUGUUGCCUUCGUCAUGUAUCCAGUGGAUGUCUGUCGAGCGUUGGUCAUGGCCAACCCUGGAGUUGGCGCAGGAGCCGCGAUUUCUGGCUUUUUAAACACACACGGAGUUGCAGGAUUUGCAAAACAGUUAUGAGAAUGAGUUCUUGUUCAUAGGUUUAUAGGGUUUAGUUUUAGAGGAAAGUUGUGAAAGAAAUGAGUUCUUGUUCAUUUGGUUUUGUUUUAGAGGAUGAGGAAAAUUGUGAAAGAAUCCUCGAAUGUUGUGUAAGUAGGGUUUUUCAUCUUCAGGUCGAAGCAAUCGUUUGUCCAAGUACACGAGCACCAACAACAAGUUCUUCAUGAACACUUUUCAAUCUUUCACGGAACCCCUCCUGCUCUCUCCUCUCCCACCCUCCGUCUAACUCUCGGCAUGCUCGCAGAGCUUAGUAGGGGGACUUUUAGUCGAUUAGUCAAAUUCUGGAUGCAACCGAUCGCGCAUGAAGCUGCAUUUGGGAUGAAACAGAAGGAUGGAACGCCAAUCACCAAGGGUCUCGCAGGCAUGCUCGCGACAGUGCCAGAGGUUUUGACGAUUUCACCUCUGGAGAAUAUCAAGCUUGCGGAACAGUUGGACAAGGACAAGAGAUUCAAUGGUAUAAUUAGGCGGUUCGAAAUGUUAGUACAAUGAGGGUGAAAUCAUCUAGCUCUGCAACUUGAUGUGAAUCAAGUGGACAUACAAAAUGAAUGAGCAACUCCUGCUGUGGUCCGCUUUCUUAGAGUCAGAAUCAAUUUCCUCUCGUCUAUGAUCCUCUGCUCCCCUCACUCAAAAUCAAUUUGCCCUCCAUUUCUUGAUUUUUGCACAGGUAUGGGCUCCGUCGCCUCCCACCUCUACAAGACGCGGGGUAGCGCAGGCCUGUACAUAGGAUAUUCAGGCAUGCAGAUGCGCCAAGCUUUGUGGACAGGAGGUUUUUUUGCCAGUUGCGACGUCAUCACAGGCGCAGCCCAAAGUGUCCUGGGCAAGGGAAUCUUCAGCGAUGUUGUCGGUACUACUUAUUUAGAUUGGAGGAGAAGGAUUACUGUAAAUAUAAUACAUGAGUAGCUUUGGUGGACACACUUCCAUGACGCCUCAAAUUUUUGAAAAACAGGUGGUUUCGGUGCAGGCAUGUUUGGCGUGGCCCUCAACUGUUGGACCGAUGUGACCAGAACGAUCAUCCAGAAGGAAGCUAUUGCUAACACCUUCGACCCAAAAGCACCCGUGAUGACGUGGGCGAACAACCUGAAUCCGGUCGAGUUUGUGGCGAAAGCGGGACAGAUUGCAUGUACUAAUAUGACGACACUGCUUGUUCUCUUACGUACUUACGACAAGGUAGUGGUUCUACAAUGCUAUCUGUUCGAACCCGUGGUACAACACGUUGUACUUGAACCAUCAACAUUUAAUAAGAUUUCUGAUCUCAUCUUUCCCAACAACAAAGAAACCAAAUGCAUAAGUAAUCUUUUGUCACAUCACCCAAUCUUCACAGCCGAGCGUGGCUUUAUGAGCGGAUUGUAUGCUGGUGUGCACGUCAAAGCACUCCAUCUCGGAGGUUCUGGAGCGCUGUUAGCAGUUUUGAUGCCACGAUUCAAAACAUGGUUUGGGGUGGAAAGCUCUUAAGUGAGUCGUGGUGCCACGUGGAUACUAUGUCAUGCAUACAACAUCAUAUUAUGCCAGAAGCACUACUACCAACAAGAAAUGUAUAUGUCUCACGAAAAUGAAGUCUUAACACUCGUCGAUUUAGUCAGGUGGAGAACGAUAAUUAGCUCAACAGGGAACAAGAGGUAACUAAGUAACAAACUAUCAGGGUAAGAAAAACGCAAGUAUAGCCUAUUUAUCAACAAGCGAAAGUGCGAGAAACUAGUACAAGUUUGGAAAUAUUCCAUGCAUAUUUUAGACAUCUUCCAUCACUGUUCGCAUGGCCAUCACCAUCGCAAUUCAUGCCUUGAACAACAUACAGUCCAAGUUAGAAAGUUUUCCCACCGUCUACUACUGUGGGUAUCUUGAACAUGAUCCAUAGAAAGACGUAGAACCAACAAAGCACUCUUCCUCUUUUUUUUUGCAAUUGAACAUGAAAUGAAAUUAAACAAACAUCACUCAGCGCUAACCGAUAAGUGAUCGAGUUUCGACGUGAUGUAGGUACCUACAAUGUUAUUGCAUUAGAAUUUUACUUUUUGUUUUUUAACGUGUAUACGCUUUUUCUUCAACUUUAUGCAGCGCAACUCUUCUUGUACUUCUUUCAACCUGUGGGGAAGACGCAAAAGAUGUAGGACGUAGCACUAGUCGUCUUGCGUUGGCGACCAUGUUGACCGUGAGUGAGGGCACUAAGUGAUCCACACUUUUCCGGUAAUCACCAGACGAGAUCAAAAGAUCUGUUCAUAGUCGGAGCUUUCAAACGCAGUACUGAGGCUAUGAUGAUUUCUUAAGUUCCCUUCCUUCUUGCUCAGCGUCCUCCUCUUGCACGAAUAUGAAAUCGAGGACAGCUCUGGAGAUCUUCUUACGCAUACUUAUUAUACCAGCGAUCGAUGGAAAAAGUAGCCAGUGUGGUCGGUGCACAAUUGCUGUAGUUGGCUCCCAGGUGCGAGGUUCUUCUUCAGCGUUAUUAAAGGACAGU